AUGAACGGAUACGCUGCUUCAAAAGUGUCCCUUUCACACGAGGAGGGUAUGGGACUCCUAGACGAGAAGACGUUGUCCGACGUCGAGAGCGAGAGCGGUAGGGCCGACCUCGAAGUCCGUUUUGCGAUACCACGAUGGUCGACCGUCGCCCGGGGUGUAGUUGGCUACACGCGGGCCAUACCAUGGAGGGUUACCGUCAUCCGCGGCCUCAUCUUCCUGCUACCCAGCUUCGUCCAGAGCCGAUUCACCAGAGAACGAGGCCGAACCGACAAGCUGUUUCCGACAUCACAUCUCGACGGCAUGAGAGGCUUGGCAGCGCUUUUCGUCUUCUUCUGCCACUACUUUUACCAAGCCUUCAUCAUUGCCGAAGGCUGGGGCUCAUCAGAAAAGAACUACCACAUUCUCAAGAUGCCCUUCUUCCGACUCUUCUACCAAGGUCCGCCAGCGGUCUGCCUGUUCUUUGUAAUUUCCGGCUACGCUCUUUCCAUGAAGCCGAUCAAGCUUGCUAGGGCCGGAAACAUGGAGGAAUUCUCCGUGACGACGACGUCUUUGAUAUUCCGUCGAUUCAUCAGAUUGUACAUGCCGACUGCCAUCUCGACCUUUUGCAUCAUGCUCCUACUUCAGUUUGGAGUAUACGAAUGGACCAGAGACUUUGCCAUUGAUCGGGCUUUCCACAAGAACGUUAUGGAGCCUCACCCAAAGCCGCUGGACACCUUCUCGGAGCAGUUUUACGACUGGGUCUGGAGCAUGUUCAACUUUGUCCACGUGUUUGGCUGGGAGCGCUUUGGUGGCAGCACAUCAUAUGAUGUGCACCUCUGGACAAUUCCGGUGGAGUUCCGCUGUUCCAUGUACCUGUUCAUCACCCUGAUCGGCUUGGCUCGCGUACGGUCCGGACUCCGCCUCCUCUUCCUCUCGGGAAUCAUCGCCUUCACGUACCGAAACAACCGUUGGGAGCUGCUGCUGUUCUACUUUGGCAUGAUGCUGGCGGAAUACGAUCAGAUCAUGGGCAACAACACGCCUGUGCCGCAGCCCUCGGUUCUUCCUUCAAAUAGCGCCGCCGCUCCCCAAGGGAGCCGACUUAAGGGCUUCUUCUGGGCAAUGCUCAGCAUUCUUGCCAUCUACUUCAUGUGCCAGCCUGACAUCAACUACGAAAUCACUCCUGGUUGGGUUUGGCUCUGCACGUUCAUUCCCAAGUGGUGGACGGAGGAAGGAUACAGAUUCUGGCAGUCUAUCGGAGCUGUCAUUUUCGUUCUUUGCGUCGGCCACUCUCCUAGAUGGAAGAGCUUCUUCAACCUCGCUCCCAUCCAGUAUCUCGGCAAGAUCAGCUACGCACUUUACCUCAUGCACGGACCAGUCAUGCACACCGUUGGCUACAUGAUUGAGAGACGUGCGUACGCCAUCACCGGCCUCGAGGGCUGGUGGUACAAUGCCGGAUUCGUUCUGGGAUCUUUCGGCUGCAUUCCUGCGGUCAUUUGGGCCGCCGAUGUUUUCUGGCGCUUGUUUGAUAUCCCGACAGUGCGAUUUGCAAAGUGGUUUGAGACAAAGUGUCUCGUGAAGCAGGAAUAG